CUCCUAUAUAGUGAGCGAUCCACCAUCUCUUCCGCAUCUCCGCCGCUCCAUUACAAACUGCACUGCAGUAACACAUACAUUACGUGUUAGAAAUUAUCCAUUAUAUUUUUUGGUUAUAUUAGUUACGUUGUUUCAAUUCCUUGGAUUUCUGAUAUGAUGUCAAGGACAUUAGAGGUAACGGUGAUAUCCGGGGAAGAUCUCCGGGUAAGCCGAUCGCUUCCGGUGAAGAAGAACGCUUUUGUGACAGUGAAGACCGAGUCAGGCGACGCUCAAAACACGGGGAUGGAAAAACAAGGCGGAGAAGGCUAUGUUGCAUGGAACCAAAAGCUAACGGUGCACUUCCCCAUGCAUGCACAUUAUCUAACGCUGGAAGUUCAAUGCAAGAAGUUUUCCGGCAAGAAAUGUAUCGGCAUGGCAAGAAUUCCGGCGUCAGAUUUCUUGGGAGGAAUGCUGCCGGAGAAUUACUUGCACUUCCUGAGUUAUAGGCUAAGGGAUAGCCAUGGCGAGAGGAAUGGGAUUAUUAAUAUUUCUAUUGUAGUGAAGGAACCAGCUAUUACACGGGUCACUGAUUAUUCACGACCAUAUACAGGGGUGCACGUGCCUGUGCCCAACUCUGGGGCUGUAACCGGUAUCCCUGUGUGGACAGGUUGGUAGUUAACUGGUUUGCCUACAAAUUAAU